CGAAAUUGGCAGAGCAGUGAGGCGUUCUUUCAACCUUCUUGGUGGCUGCCUUGGAGCACAGAUGGAAUAAGAAGGCUCUGCUUAGAGAAGCUGUUCGUACUAUCGAGACGGGGAGAAGCAGAGGAUUCUGGGAAGGAGCCGUGCAGAAGAUCCUGAACGAGGAGGACGCCCUCAGCUCAGAUGCUCAGCUCCAGCACUUCAGGCGGUUUCUCUACCACGGCCUGCCGAGAGGUUUGCUGCUGACUCCGCCAUCUUUGCCCCGAGUGACGGCGGCCAGAGCGAUAGACACGAAAACUCCGAUCUGGUUCUCCUGGCUGUCCUCCCCACAGAGAUGGAGAACUGGGUGAGGGAACGUGGAGCAGAGACCGGUUCCCAGGCGGUGGCCCUAGCCGAAGGUUUCCUCCUGAGUCGGGCAGAAGACGUGAAGCAGGAGGAGGAACAGCAGGGACUAUUUGCAGAAGAAGCCGUGAACUUUCCUGAGGCAGAGGAGGACCCGUCAGACCCCAGGCAGAUGCCUCUCCCCAAGUGGUGGAUCAAGCAGGAGGAAGACGAAGGUGCUCCUUCGUUGGGAGAAGGACUGAGGAUUAUUGUGGUGUGUCCUCCCUCGCCCCUUCCUGAUGGUGGAGUAGAAGCACCUUCUGUGACUCUGGAACAGGUGACAUUUGAGGAUGUGGCUGUAUGUUUCACUGCGGAGGAAUGGAGCUCGCUGGAUCCGGACCAAAGGGCCCUGCACAGGGAAGUCAUGGAGGAGAACUGGAAAAUAGUGACCUCCCUGGAACAGCAAGGCUUGGCUGCACACGAAGCAGCAGUGCAGGCUGGGAGCAGUGAGGAACUCUGGGAAAGGACUGUGCAAAAGCUCAUAGGAGCAGGGAGUCAGGGCGAAGGGGAACGGAGCACGGCAUCGUUGCCAAGAGCCCAACGCAAGGAGGGGAGAGAGCCGAGGAGGAAAGCGGAAGCUAAACAGAAGAGCAAGGAGUCUUCUGCCCGCCGAGGCAGCAGCACAUGCGAAACCCCCGCCGAAGAGAAACAGGACAAGAGGAAGGAGAGGUGCCCCGUGUGCGGCAAAAUGUUCAAAUGGAAAUCGAGCCUCGACGCUCAUUCCAAAGUCCACACCGGGGAGAAGCCGUUCAAAUGCCUGGAGUGUGGGAAGGGCUUCAGCCGAAGCUCCAGCGUCACGUCGCACGAGAAGAUCCACAGAGGGGAGAAGCCGUACGAGUGCGCCGAGUGCGGGAAGAGCUUCAUUCGCCGAGACUCCCUCAUUUCGCACCAGAGGAUCCACACGGGGGAGAAGCCGUAUAAGUGUCUGGAGUGCGGGAGGAGGUUCAACCGGAAAGGGAGCCUCAUUUUCCACCAGAGAAUCCACGCGAGGGACAAGCCCUACAAGUGCUCGGAGUGCGGCAAGAGCUACUGCAGGAACUCGAGCCUCAUCUCUCACCGGAGAAUCCACACCGGGGAGAAGCCGUUUCAGUGCCUGGAGUGCGGGCAGAGUUUCCGAGAGAAGAAGAGCCUCACCGCUCACCAGGGAACUCACACGGGGGAAAAGCCCUUCAAGUGCUUCGAGUGCGGGCAGAGCUUCAACAGCAAAGGGAACCUCAAUUUGCACCAGCGGAUCCACACCGGGGAGAAGCCUUUCCGUUGCCUGGAGUGCGGGCAGAGCUUCAUCCGGAAAGGCGCCCUCAUCUCGCACCAGAGCAUCCACACCGAGGAGAAGCCCUUCAGGUGCUCCGAGUGCGGGAAGUGCUUCCGGAAGAACUCGAACCUCAUUUCGCACCAGAGCAUCCACACGGGCGAGAAGCGGUUCCAGUGCUUCGAGUGCGGGAGGAGCUUCACGCGGAGAGGCACGCUCAAUUUGCACCAGCUGCUCCACACCGGCGAGAAGCCGUUCAAAUGCCUGGAGUGCGGGAAGAGCUUCAUUGUGAAAGGGUCCCUCGUUUCGCACCAGAGGAUCCACACCGGGGAGAAGCCCUUCCAGUGCCAGGAGUGCGGGAAGAGCUUCAUGAGGAGAGACUCCCUCAUCUCGCACCAGAAUAUCCACACGGGAGAGAAGCCCUACACGUGCCCGGAGUGCGGGAAGAGCUUCCGCCAGAAGAGCAACCUCACCGCUCACGAGGGAACCCACACCGGGGAGAAGCCUUACAGCUGCCUGGAGUGCGGGAAGAGCUUCCGGAGGAACGAGAGCCUGAAAAAGCACCAGAGGCUGCAUCUCGAACAGCUGCCUUGGAACAUGGAAAUCGCUCCUGUGACGACUCCGGUCCACAGGGGAGGAACCAUCCAAAUGCUUCGAAUGUGGGACGAGCUCCGGCCAGAAUAUAAGGAUCACGUCACACUGAAGAAUCCACCCAUGGGGGAAUCCUAGAAGUGGACACAGUGUGAGGGGAGAGCGCCAU